UAUGUCAAUCCAGACGCGACCCAGACAGACCUCUGCCCUGGGGCCCAGCCGUGAGAGCCGCAUCCUCAUUGGCUGAACGCCGCCGUCCUUUUGAAAUUCGAGCCCCGAUUGGUUGGAGCCCGACGAGACGCUCACGCGCACAAUGUGUACCCGCUUUUGUUAUUGUACCGAGCGCGAGGAGAGAGGCUUCGGGGGAGCGGGCAGGAUGCGCGGACGGAGACAGCGAGCCUGAUUGUCCCGUAUCGACGCCGGUAGGCUCUUAUUAGAAGCUGGAGGGGAAGGGGACACGGAUUUCUACCUCUCCGUCCUUGUCCAGAAGCCCGUCUUUUGAGAUUGUCUAAUAAUCCGACAGAUGUAGCAGCAGGAUGUCGGUGAAUCCUCCCAACAGUAAUGAUGCCUGCCUCAGUAUCGUGCACAGUCUCAUGUGCCACAGGCAGGGCGGCGAGAAUGAGGGCUUCGCCAAGCGCGCUAUCGAAAGCUUGGUGAAGAAACUCAAGGAGAAGAAGGACGAGCUGGACUCUCUCAUCACCGCCAUCACCACCAAUGGAGUGCACCCUAGCAAAUGCGUGACCAUCCAGAGGACACUGGACGGACGCCUACAGGUUGCGGGUCGUAAAGGUUUUCCUCACGUAAUCUAUGCCCGGUUGUGGCGCUGGCCAGAUCUUCACAAGAAUGAGCUCAAACAUGUGAAAUUCUGCCAGUAUGCAUUUGACCUCAAAUAUGAUAACGUGUGUGUUAACCCGUACCACUAUGAGAGAGUGGUGUCACCUGGCAUCGUUGGUCUCAGUCUUCAAAACACAGAUUUGUCCUGUGGCUGGUGUCUAGGUCCCUCUGGCAUGCUGAUAAAGGAAGAGUACAGCCAUGACUGCAUUCAGAUGGAUGUUCCGCCAGGCCUGCCUCCCCAGCAGGACCAUCAGGGGGCGAUGAAGCUCCCUCCACCAGACCACUACGGCCAGCCACUGCCGCCCCUGCAACUACCUUCAGAAGCCACACGCGCACCCCCACCAGUCACCCUUUACUCCAAUAUGCCAAUAUCCCCCACUGCUUCAGGCUCUAUGAUGCCAAUGCAGGGUGGUCAUGGUGAAGGCCUGCUACAGAUUUCGUCUCCUCAGGGUCAGGUCAUGACCCCUACACCUCCCCCCUCCACCCCCACACAUGUACCCCCACAGACCCCCGUUCCACCCCAGCCUCCACCCAACCAGAAUGGCUACAACAACUCCAAACACUCGCAGAUGCAGGGCUCCUUUCACACAACGUGGACAGGCAGCAGCACUGCCUCCUACACUCCUGUAGGACCUCAGCAGAAUGGCCGUGGCCACCAGCCCCCCCUUCAUCAUCCCCACUUCUGGUCUCAGCAUCACAGUUCAGCAUCUUUCCCCCCUCCGGUCUCCAACCAUCCAGGUCCUGAAUUCUGGUGUUCUAUCUCAUACUUUGAGAUGGAUGUGCAGGUGGGCGAGAUGUUUAAAGUGCUGUCCAGCUGUCCAGUCGUGACGAUCGAUGGGUAUGUGGACCCCUCAGGAGGUGACCGGUUCUGCCUGGGUCAGCUUAGUAACGUGCACCGCACAGACGCCAGUGAGCGGGCCAGGUUGCACAUAGGUAAAGGCGUGCAGCUGGAGUGUCGUGGAGAAGGAGACGUCUGGAUGCGCUGCAUGAGCGAUCACGCCGUCUUUGUGCAGAGUUACUACCUGGACAGAGAAGCGGGUCGAGCACCAGGAGACGCUGUGCACAAAAUCUACCCAGGAGCCUACAUUAAGGUGUUUGACCUCAGGCAGUGUCACAGGCAGAUGCAGCAGCAGGCGGCCACAGCGCAGGCAGCAGCAGCAGCGCAGGCGGCCGCAGUGGCAGGAAAUAUUCCAGGACCGGGAAGUGUUGGUGGAAUCGCCCCUGCAGUCAGUCUCUCAGCGGCAGCAGGUAUUGGUGUGGAUGACCUCAGGAGGCUGUGUAUUCUGCGUCUGAGCUUUGUAAAAGGCUGGGGGCCUGACUACCCUCGCCAGAGUAUCAAACACACGCCCUGCUGGGUGGAGGUCCAUUUGCACCGUGCGCUGCAGCUGCUGGACGAGGUGCUGCACACUAUGCCUCUAGCAGACCCUGGACCUGCUAACUGAACAAUACACACUCACAACACACACUCUACUCACUACAGUAAGCGUGCAAACCACAUUAUGUGCUAACAUCGCCAUUGUUGGGUUUGCACUUAUAUCAGUCAUUAGAAUCCCAGUGAAAACACCACAGAAAUACACUACUCUAAAAUGUAUGUUUUUAAAAGAUAUUUCUUCACAUUCUGUUGUUAUUUAGUGAUAUGAUAAAUUUCUAGAUUUUGGGUGAAUUUAAAAAAAAACAUGUCAGGGUCAUACUUCACCCCUAAAAUCAAAAGGAAUAUAUGUAUUUUGCAUAAAGAAAUUGGAACAUAUUUUUUAGGACCAUGAAGAUUUAGGCUGUAUUUUCAUGAAAAUUAAGCACAUUUUCACACAAAAAUCUCAUUACUGUAAUGCAUCUGGAUAUUUUACUUUUGAGUUUGUUUGUAAUUCUCAUUAUUCUCAAUGCUGAUUCUCAUUAGAUUCCAAGUACUUUGAAACAGUAACAACUGUAUUACAAUUAUUUUAUUUAAAUCAACAUAAACUGAAGGAAGUACAACAAACUUUACCCUUGUGCAUAAUGCCAUGCAAUUUAAAAAAUAUAUAAUUAUUUUUCACAUUACAGUAAUGAGAAUUGAGGGGGGGGACUUAAUUGUCAUGAAAAUAAUGUCAGAGUGCAAAAAAUCCUAGAAGUCAGCUUAAUUUAUUUUUAAUGCAAAAUACAAUUUUUCAUUAUUUCUUUUGAUUUAGGGAUGAAAUAUGACAUGGACAUAUUCUUGACAGGUUUCGUGAGAUUGACCCUUUCGAAUUAGAUGUACAGUGUAUUAGUGCUACAGGUCAACUAAUGAAUGCAAUUUUACACAGGGUUGCAGAUUAAGUUCAGGGAAAUAGCAUAAUUGUUCAUAUGCCUUUUUAGCUUUGCACAUCAUGCAGUUAUACUAAGAAUAUUAGAGCCUAAUAGUUUGCAAUACUGGUAGACAAUGCUUACGAUCUGUCCUGCAAAAAAACAAAUUUAAGCGAUCAGUUUCUGAUCAUAUAAUUGAACGCAACAAUGAUCGUCCACUUUUUAAGCCGUCUUGGUUCCGGUAGUAUCUUUCCCAUUCAUUUUUUCCAUAUGGAUUUCAUAAAAUCCUACAAAAUAUAGUUCUAAGCCAUGAACCAAACCAACCAGCUUCAAGGUGAAUAACAAUAUUACAAACAUUAUAUACAAAUAUUAUUUGAAAAUCAGGAAAAAAGACAAAGGUACAAGAAUGUUUACUUAACAUCUUUUAUGAAGCAAUGAACUACAAUCAUAUGAAGCACUGUGAGUGAUAUUGUAUAAUUGAAAUAGAAAAGCCAAUAUAAAAUUAUUGACUGUAAGUCAUUGACUUCAAGUAUAAAGUACCACAUAUUUGCAAAAUAUUCAAACUUCAUGGGAGGGAUUGGGCAUUGCUAAGCUCAAUUUCCAUGGGAACAGCGACUUCUCUGAUUGGUGGAUCUCUCUUCAGGAUUAUGGGUAGUGUUGUUCUUCACCAGGUAUUUAGCAAUUGAACACAAUUUUUAAAAGUUUACUGACUUGUGGCAGAGUACUUUAGAAUACUUUAAACAGAAUACUAUAGCAGUUAUAUGUUAUUGCAAAAAAAUAUUUUACUCUAUGGAGAUAAAGAAUGGCAUUUUACUUCCGGAAACCAACUGUUGCGCUCUAUUACACUCUGGUAUCACAUAAACAAACACACACAUUACACGGUCAAAGACCACUUAUGUUCAGGUGAGGAAGAGACUGUUCAACCUCCACCAAGUUUUAAACAGAAAUUUGCUCGAAGUCUACGGGUUUAGUAGCACUAAAUGCCUCAGAGUAAACAAAUGUGGCUACGUUGUCGCUGGUCACUUCAGGAAACAAUUGAAAGGACCAGUUGAUGUUGGCAUUCAACGUUAGCAAACUUUCCUCUGAUGAACAAAGCUGUACCGGACUUCUCCUUAAGCUAGUCGGACGGAUAAUAAAACAAACUUUCAAGACAAAAUCCUGAUCUCUGUGCUUGUGCUGUGCUCCUCUAAAUGUGGAUCUGAACUCAGCUAUCGUAAAUGAGGUUUACUAUCAAGGCAUCUUAUUAGUUACAAUAGCCUUCCAGCUCCUUUAUUUUCAUACCAAAAAAAAAAAAAAAGCCUGAAUUGUUCAGCUUUAAAAUGGUGGUAUUAGUAUUUGUGAUGACGCAGUUCGGUGUUUGUAACCAAAUCAUUCGCCAUGUGGUGUAACUUCACCAAAGCCAGAAUACCUCAUGAUAACAAGCAUGAACCCAGUGGAUUUUUCUUUAUGCCAAAAUGUGUCUGGAACCUUCUAUUUUCUGGACCUCAUGUUCACCUCAUACUUUAACCAAAUCAAAAGGGGGCGUGUCUUGAAAAGUAUCGAAUGUAGAUGCACCAACUUGACUGAUUUCGAACAGUGGGUUUUUUGCCAACACCAGUUACUCAGCUUUACUGAUUAUUGUUAUCUUGCCCAGCAACUCAUUUUCUAAUAGUUAUGGCAGUGUUUUCAAGCUGUUACAAAUCCAUGUCUGAAUUGUGACCAAAAUUCAGUCAGACAGCCCAAUACUUUUAUAACCUUUUGCAAACGGGUAGAACAUUUGAACAUUAAACAUUUAAACAUUGUUUUGCUGUCUUCCCAAGUAAAAAUGUGUACUGUACUGUUACAGGACAUUAUGCAUUAAUUGAAAGACCCUUGAUAUUACAUUAUUUUAAAUGUACAGCCAAUAAAAAUGCAAAUAUAUAUAAAUCCAGUAGUAAAAGUGGAACCUCAUUAUAGUAUGUUAAUGUCAACAUGAAAUCAAAAAGGACCAUAUUAACGUUCUUAUGUUUCUUUUUUUUAAUUUGUUUUUCUUAUUGUGUGCAUUCAUCAGUGCAAAUUAGGGCUGCACAAUUCAUCAAAUAAAUAAUCAAGAUUACAAUUACAUCUGCCACAAUUGUCAAUUAUAGCAGUUUAUGUUCAUCUGCUCUUGUUGUGUCCACAUUUUCUUUUUAAUUUUCUAUUUAAUGUGUGUUUUUGUAGCAGUUGGGCAUAGUUACCAAUCGCAGACAAGUCUGUUGCUUGUUUAUGUGUGUAAUUUUGUCAAAAUUAGAUUUUUUUUUUUUAUGCUUUUAAGAGGACCAAUUAUAAAGAUGACUGUUUAUGCACUGUAUUAAUUUACUGUUUAAAUAUUCAAAACUGCAAUGAAGUAAUUCAGGAACACAGUUUUCAGCUUGCUUUGGAUGUGGAGCUGACAUAAAAGAUAUGUCAUGUAGUUGAUUCACCAAAAAUAAAGUACAACCCUUGUUCCAAAAAAGUUGGGACAAUAUUGAAAAUGCUAAUAAAAACCAAAAGUAGUAAUUUGUAAAUUCUUCUAUUCACCUUGUGCUAUAUCGAAAGCACUUAAACAACACAAUAUUUAAUGUUUUAGCUUGUGAAUUUAUUAUUUUUUUUAAAUAUACACUCAUUUCAAAUCAGAUGAUUUCAACACGCUCCACAAAAGUUGGGACAGUCGAGUGUUUACCACUGUGUAACAUUGCCAUUUCUACUAAUAACACUUAUUAAGCAUUUGGGAACUGAAGACACAAGUUUAUUAAGUUUAGCUAGCAGAAUUUUCCCCCAUUUAUCCAUUAUGCAGGUCUUCAGCUAUGUAAUUGUACGGGGCCUUCAUUGACGUAAGUAAAAAUGUCAUAGAUAUCAUGAUAUCAUAGAUAUCAUGACAUGGGCUCGGGAAUACUUCGGUCAACCUUUGUCAGUCAAACCAUUCGCUGCUGGAUCCACAGAUGUAAGUUAAGUCUUUACUAUGCAAAGGAGAAGCCAUACAUCAACACUGUCCAGAAGCGUCGCUGACUUCUCUGGGCUCAGUCUCAUCUGAGAUAGAAAGUAGAUCAGUGGAAUCGUGUUUUGUGGUCCAACAAGUCCACAUUUCAAAUGUUUUUUUUUUUUAGAAAAAACAGCCAUAUUGUUCUCCGGGCCAAAGAGGAAGAGGAUCAUCCAAGCUGUUAUCAGUGUCAGGUCCAAAAGCCAGUGACUGUAUGGACCAAGGAUGUGUCAGUGCCCAUGGCAUGGGUAACUCGCACAUCUGUGAGGGCACCAUUAAUGCAGAAAUGUAUUUACACAUUUUGGAGCAACCUAUGCUGCCAUCCAGAUGCUGUCUUUUCCAGGGACAUUCCUGCAUUUUCUAGCAGGACAACAGCAAACCACAUACUGCCAGGAUUACAAGUGCAUGGCUGUGUAAGCAGAGAGUGCGGGUGCUACAGUAGAUUGGCCUACCUGCAGUCCUGACCUGUCCCAAUUGAGAAUGUGUGGCGCAUUAUGAAGUGCAAAAUACGGCAACGGAGGCCUCUUACAAUUACACAGCUGAAAACCUGCAUAAUGGAUGAA